GCUAUAUCCCCCGCCACUCACACACGCUGCAUAUGGCGACGCGCUGCCCACACCGGCACCAGCUUGUCGCAAUCCAAAACCUUGGUUGAAUGGGGAGACUUCAUUGCUGUCUGGCCCUCCCCGCCUCAAAUGGACAAACCUCUUGCGCGAUCGGGAUCAGAAGGGGACUCCCCUGAACUCGAUGGAACUGCUGCAUCACCACCAGAACGGCCGAUAAAUAAAUUGGAAAGCGUACGACAGUGCGUGGCGGAAUGGCACGCGAUGACCGGUCGAGGGUAUCCAACAUCCCGCCACGGGCUCCCCGCACGAUCGCGGGUGCCACGACUCCGCUCAGAGAUGGACACAGAGUAACGGGCGAAGAGCCCGAGCAACCAUCGCCUCCAGGGGAGACCCCUUCUGCGGCCGAGGUUCCGAAAAAGGCCGGCGGGAUAUACGCCUUCGUUGUCACCUCUCUGGUGUUUGCUUCUGGACAUUACAUCUACGGGAAGAUGCUGAGGAGUCGCCACGCGAAGCUGGUCGCGAUUAUCGAAGCUACUCCGCCUGAACUUGCAGUCGCGCUCGAUAACCCCUCAGACGACCUCGAUCCCCGCUCUAUCCCUGUCUCUGUUCUCGUCGAGCACCUGAACGCUGUGUGUAUGGCCUGUUAUUCGGCCCCGGAGGCAAUCAUGAAGUGCAUAGCUUGGCACGCGGGCGAUGGGGAGCGCGGCUACGCCCGUCUGAAGAAAGCUGCAGUAGAUAUCCGGACCAUUGGGACGCGCGAGGAUGAUGCAACAGUUUUGUUGGAUGUGACCAAAGUGUUUUUUGCCCUUGUUAAAGAGCAGACCCAGGUGACUUCUCCUUCCGAGUCCUUGGAAUAGUUCAGGUCCCGCAUAUUCAAGGACUUCUGUCUCUCUUUACUGUACACGAGGAAUUCAUGGAUGCAAGUGCAUGAGUCGUACUACUAGUACUCGCGUGCUGUCACAGUGUCACACUGCUACUAAUGCGCCAAUCUCCUGGUGUCAACCAUUCCGAGAGCUGGAAAGACAAGACACAUCUGGAAUGUGUCUGACUAUGGUCAAUAUUGCGCAAAAACAAAACACGAGUUCAUACAUGGGAGCAAAGACGGUGUGACACGCGAAUCGAACAAGUCCUCAGAUGAUCAAUCGCACGCAAUUGACAGUGAUACCCAUUCAAUGCGGGACGCUACCGGGUCCGCAGCGCGUCGAAUCUCUUGGAGAUGAACGGCGACCACACUGAGAGCGCGCCUCUCCUGCCUGGCCCCAGUCGCGUCUACUUUC